UCAUUAGACACUAUGAAUAUCAGUUAUCACUAUUUGAGAUGACUUCUGCGAAUAGUGAAUACUACAUUCUACAAUAAUUGUCUAAAAAUAUUAUAGAUAAAUACAUACAUAAUAAAUUGAUGAUUGUUAUUUGUUUACGUAUUGGUCAAGGCUAUCAUUAAAAAACCGGUUAAAUUAACUUCGAGUAUGAAUAAUUUACAAUUCGGAUUUAAACACUUGAGUUAUAUUAUAUUGAGUAAAAUGGUUUAACUAGGUACUAUAUGCAAAUUAGGUUAAUGUGUUUAAAUUACUGAAUUGUUGGCUACCUUAUCUACUAUAUUCAUGUCAAGUAGUAAUAAUGCUUCACCUAGCAGAAUACCAAAGCCUAGUUUGCUACGUAACAGAACCCCGAAAAUACAAAGACACCAAAGUUUGCAAGCAUUAAAUACCUAUGAAAAAGAUGAUGAUUGUGCAUCAGAGAAGAGCUUUGGUAGCACAACCAGUAGCCAAUGUGAUAGCAGUCAUGCUGUAUUUGCUUUAAACGGAACUACAUAUUCAAAUCGUAAAAAAGCGUAUCUUCAUUAUUGCCCAUCAAAUAUAGGAAGUGAAGAAUAUCUUACUCCAACACAAAGAUCAAGUAGAACCAUUAAAAACCUCAGAAGACUUUUAAAUGAUGCUCAUAGUGAACUUAAUGAAAAAGAUACAGAGAUUGAAAAUUUGAAGAGAGAAAAUAAUGAACUUAAAAUUAAAUGUGGUUAUCAAGCUGCAAAUGAUUCAAUAGCAGAAGGAGAUGAAGAAGAAGAAAGACCACAGUUUAUUCAUAGUAAAGAACUAUCUUCUGAAUGUGAUUCUAGCAAGUUAUCUAGAAAUUUUUUAAAUCCUUCACCAUCUCCAGCAGACUCUGGACAUGGUGAUGAAUAUGAUGAAGUUAAGAAGUUGCGACAAGUAUAUGAUGAACUACGAGAGAAACAUAAUGAUAAAAUUGAAGAAUUGUUAAAAAAUUUAGGUGAACUCAAUGAAAAAUAUUAUGGGUUAAAACCAAAAUUGGAUGAAGCUAAUAUCCGGAUAAAAGAACUUGAAAGAGAAAAUGAAUUUUUAAAACGGUCAUCAAACUCAGAAAAUUGUGAAAAAGCAUUUAUUGAUGGCCUGACCCAGACCCAGCCAGUAUUAAUGGAUGUCAAGCAAACUAAUACUGAUAAUCUGAAUGAUCAUUUUAAUGGUGCAAAAAUGAAUUUAUCUAAUUUCGCAGUAAAUGAUAACAAAAUUACUGUGUCUGAAAUUGCAACCCAAACACAGCUAGAUUUGUGUUUAGAAAAAAUUACUGAAACUGAUAAUCAAGUAGAUGACAAAUCAAUUGACGAAAUUAAUAGUAUGAAGGUGGAACUAAAAAAAACCAAAGGACGUAGUCAAAGUGUCGGUGGUGCUUUAUUAUCUGGACCUGACGCCAUUGCCCUUUGGAUGAUCGGCACUAAACAGGCAAUGUAUGAAAGUAUGCUUCAGCAACAACUAGAACAACAACGGCAACGUCCAAUAAACGAUGCCGAAAUGACACUGCAGUUUCUGAAAUCAGCUUUUUACUAUUACCUUACGGAUCCGGCUAAUUGUACAGGACAUUUAAAUGCUAUAAUUAGUAUUCUUAGGUAUUCGGACAAUGAAAAAACUAUUAUUGAAAGAAAUCAAGCAUGGAAAUAAAUGCAUGCUUAUUUAAUUUUAGUUGGGUGGGUAAAAUACCUAAAAUACUAAAAUUUUGAUUACAUAAUUUUGUGUAUUUACUUUCAGUUUAUAAACUAAUUUGUCCUAAUUAGUAAAAAGUAAUUACACAUAAAUUGUUGUAAGCAAACUAUUUUAAGUUACCUUUUUAUUUUGUAUUGAGUUUUUUUCUCUCGAAUUUAUUUAAAUUCCUAAUAGUUGUUCAGUAUUUUUGUUUGUUGUACAAGUUAAGUCAGUAUUUUGACAAAUUGGAAUUCUGUGUGAUUUAUACAAUAAUUGUAUGUUUUUUUAUUGUUAAGAAAAAUAAGAUAGGAAACUAUCUUGACAUUAGGCUUCACUACUUUAUAUUUGUUCUCACUUAGUACUGUGUUGUGUUGUUUUUACCUCAUAUUAUGAAAUUAAUUAUUAUUUUAGUUCCUUAUAGACUAUAGUAUAAAACUGAUAUGGUGUUUAUAAUUAAUAAAUACUGGGAUAAAUAACCA